UCUGUUGUUCGCUCUCGCCUCAGAGCGAGAGCGCCUGUGACAGUGGACGUCUUUGAUUCAUGUUGUGGUGGAGCCUUGCUGGAUUUGGAGAACAAUUAAUGCGGCCAGAACAGAGCGCAUGAAGGAUGAGAAGAUGAACGUGGAGGCUCUAAGCAGAGCAGAGCUGCUGACUCUCCUCAGUGUCCUGGAGGGAGAGCUGGAGGCCCAGGAUGUGGUCAUACAUGCCCUCAGGGCUCAGCACAGAGAUGCUUUCUUCCAGGAGCGUUAUGGCCAGUACGACCUUAGUGAUCCAUUCCUGGCGCUGCAACGGGACAGCGAGUCUGCGGAGCGCCAGAACACGCUCACCCAACCUCACACACACCUGCAAGGCCGGGCGGUGGGCCCAAACCCUCUGGCUGUGCUUAAACUGGUCAUGGCUCACUGCAAAAAGAUGCAGGAGAGGAUGAUGGGGCAGCUGGCUGCUGCGGAGAGCAGACACAGGAGGAUGAUAGCUGAUCUGGAGGAGGAGAAACGACGGCGUGCUGAGGAGUCUGCGCAGAGUGAUGAUUUCACCUUCAUGCUGCAGACACAAAAAGACAAACUGCUGCAACAGUUGGAAGUGGAGCGUGCAACAGUGCGGAAGCUAGAGAAGGAACAAGCACAGGCAGUGAGCCAGGUAGAGGAGUCACUGUCCCAGCAGCAACAGCUCUCCUCAAACCUGACUCUGGAGCUCCAGAAAGCCAGCAGCCAGGCUCAGGAGGAGGCUCACAAGGUCUCUCAACUCCGCACCUUGCUCCAAGAGGAGACCAAUGCCCUGGAGAAGCUCCGGGGGGUUCUUGAAGAUAAGAAUAGCAGGGCAGUCCAGCUAGAGGCCAGGUCUGAGAGGCAGCUGGCUGAGUUUGACACAGAACGAGAGCAGAUGAAAGCCAGGAUUAGGAAAGAGGAGGAGAGGAGUCGGGAGCUGGAGAGACAGCUGGAGGAGCUGAGGAAGAGGUUGGCUGAAACUGGAGGAGGCAAAGAAGAGGGAAAGGAGGCUGUGACAGAAGUGACAGACUCGCUUUCCAAAAUGAUGAUGAUGUCCACCUCUGUUCAGACAGAGCCGGAUGGAAAGAUAACUAUUGCUCCUAAAUCCUUCUCCCUGUCAAAGGUCAAUGGCCAUUACACUCAUAAAGAGACAGAAUCGACACAGGAAGGCAGAGGAGCGGAAAACGGAGGGGUGGUAGAGAAUGGGGGAGGAGCACUUUUGCAUUCUCCUCUUCAUCAGCCUCCUCACGCUCACUCUCCCUCUAGCACAGCCUCCUCUUCCCUCUCUUCUUCCCCCAUUUCCUCCCCCGUCCUUGCGAAGCGCCUGGGCAGCCCAGGCUUCCAUCAGUCUUCCUACCAGGCUGGCGUCAACCAGCGAUUCCAGGCUGCUAGGCACAAGUUCCAGAGCCAGGCUGAGCUUGAGCAGCAGCAGCAUGGUGGCCCUCUUUCGCCCAGAGACCUCUCCCCCACCACCUCUUCCAUCCCUCCCCCACUAGAGCACAGCUCGGCAAAGCAGCUAGCCCGCAACACUGUCACUCAGGUGCUGUCCCGCUUCACCAGCCAGCAAUCAGGCGUUAAGCUGGCGCCAAUUAGCAGCUCGCCAUUUGGUACAGACUACCGCAAUAUAGCCGCAACUCCUCCUGGGGGUAGGUCGCCUUCCUCAGGGCCUCUAUCUCCGGGUAUCCGCUCCCCCCUCACUCCUCGCUCCGACAGGACCCAUCAUCCUCCGAUCCCUCCCAAGAAGCCUGGCAUGAGUCCUACUCCAGUCUCCCCUAGUCACUCGGCUCGGACCAGCCUGUUUCCAGAGCUGACAGGUAACUGUGGACACAGCAACAGUGGGCUGGAAGGGGCCAAUGAGCCAGACCUGGUUUUAUCUUCUGGCAGUUAACGGCCGGAUCAUAAUGGGUCAUGUCCUAAUCAACAGCUAAUGUAAUAUUCAUCUUUGCCAGUCCUUAAUUCACACUUGGUAACACUCAUAAUCAGUAACAUACACUUUAAUUUAAGAGUUUGUUACACCCCUACCUCUAUACCAUAAUCUGAGAAAAAAUCAGAAAAUAACUAUUUGAAAUAAAAUAUAGUAUAUUAUGAUUUCUUUUUAUCAGAUUUAAUAUUUCUAUUAACGUUCCUGUCUGUAUUGCUUUAUAUAGAUUUUUUGUAAAUUGGAACUUUUAGAAUGAAAAUAUUAAUCAUUUGUUUUUCACUUUAACCUUAUGUUAAGGGUGUUUAGAUUUCAUACAGUAUAUAGAUAGACCACGCUAAAGACCUGUUGGUUUUGAAGAAAGAAAUGUUAACGAGAUUUCAUUGUACAACACUCCUUUUUUCCCCUUCAUGCUUAAAUAGCAUGUCCUGUUAGUAUCAAAAAGAAGACUUUAGUCAGAGGCAACACUGUAUAGCAAGUAGAAGGGCUAAAUAUAAUAUAUGAAUGUAUAGCAAAGCUAUCAUUUCUCAAUAGAGUAGUGGGUAGUUUGUUUUAUCCCCAAUGAAUCCUUAUGCAAUUCAUGUUGAUAUCCAUGGAAACACUAUCAUACUGUAAAUAGUUUAAGGUAAAUUUCCAGUUGAUUCUCUAUGAAAGAUCACAUGCACCAUAUCGACCAGCCCUACAUGCAUGUGCUUUUUUUUCCUAUUACACUUGUCAUGACACUGAAUCUUGUCUUGAAAAAGAAGAACACACUUUGUACUACAUUACUGUAAGAUACCGUAUAUCUGAUUUUUUUCAUUCAGGGAAGGUUAAUUUUUGCUUUACCCGAUGUCAUGACUAGGUGCUAACUUCAUCCCUUCAAUGAACAUAAUGGGGACUAAAGGUCUAAAUCUUGCUACUGCAACUGUUUCUAUAGUAUGUCAAAUUAUUGACAUGGUAUUGUGUCUUGUCCUAACAGUGCUACAUGUUUGUUUUAGGUUUACUGUGUUUUGUUUUCUGGCUUUAAAAUCAAGAAUUGAUUGAAACUGUUUCAGUCAGUCAAAUUAAAUCUGUAGAUAUAUACAGUUUUCCUACGAGGGGCGAUAUCCAUCAGCUGUCUCUGGUAAAUACGCAUAUCAUGAACACCUGCAACAUCUAGCGCUGUUUUCAAUAAAUUGCCCAUGCCUUAACGCUCA